AUGGCACAAGAAUCACCAACCCUGAAACUUCACCAACUCCUUCUCAUAUCUCCACCCCAAGACACUUCUCCAACCUCUCUUUCCUUCACCUUCUUCGACGUUCUAUGGCUAAGGUUCCGCCCAGUUGAACGUCUUUUCUUCUACGAACUCCCAAACUCAACCAUUUCAUUCUUUGACACCAUUCUUCCCAACCUCAAACACUCUCUUUCCCUCACACUCCAACACUUUCUCCCUCUCGCUGGCACCAUCACAUGGCCCCUUCACUCCCCCUUACCGUCCAUAACCUACACCCCCGGAAACUCAAUCACCUUCACAAUUGCCGAAUCUAACGCGGACUUCACCACCAUCUCAGAAUCCAACCACCGCCACCACCUGAUCCCCCACUUAAGCAUCUCACACGACCAGGCCUCUGUGUUAGCCCUCCAACUCACCCUUUUCCCCAACCAAGGCUUCUGCAUCGGCAUAACCUCGCACCACGCAGCCCUCGACGGAAAAUCCUCCACCUUGUUCAUCAAAUCAUGGGCACAUCUCUGUUCCCACCUCAAAGACUCACAUUCACCACCACCCCAACAACAACUGCCCAAGCAUCUGACACCCUCGUUUGAUAGAUCCACGAUAAAAGACCCUUCGGGGAUCGGCGAAGUCUACGCGAACUCGUGGCUGAGCUUCGGAGGAGAGACCAACAAUCGAAGCCUGCAGGUGUUGGAGUCCCUCAGCGAGACGGAAACCGAUUUGGUCAAAGGAGUGUUCGUGCUUACGGCGGACAACAUUAAAAAGCUGAAGAAUUUGGUGCAGUCUAAGGUUGUCGAGAAGAACAAGGUUCGGGUUACGUCGUUUAGUGUCACGUGCGGGUACGUCGUGUGGUGUGCGGUUAGAGUGGGGGAAGGGGAGGGGGAGGGUGAGAGGGUGGUGUUUGUGUUCACGGUGGAUUGUAGGUCACGCUUGGAGGAUCCGGUGGAGGGAACGUACUUUGGAAACUGCGUUGUGCCGCGUUUGGUGGAGGUUAAGAGAGAGGAGGUGUUGGGGGAUGAAGGGUUUGUGAAGUGUGUGGAAGGGAUAAGUGAAGAGUUGAAGGAGGUCGAGGGUGGUGUGUUGAGUGGGGUGAAGGAGUGGUUUCUGAAGAUUCAAUCUGUGAUGGGAGAAAGGUUGUUUUCUGUUGCAGGGUCACCAAGGUUUGAGGUUUAUGGGGUGGAUUUCGGGUGGGGAAGACCUAGGAGAGUGGAUGUUCCUUCUGUCGAUAAAACGGGGGCGUUUUCACUUUCCGAGAGUAGGGAUGACGGUGGAGGGAUUGAGAUUGGGUUGGCCUUGAACAAGGAUCGAAUGGAAAAGUUUAAAACUUUUUUUUAUCAAGGAAUUUAA